UACGCAUCUGCAAAACCAACCAUUUAAACCCUUAUUUAUAACUGAAUAAACUCUAAAAAAUCUCACGAUGUAAACCUGCUUUAAGCCUUAUUACAACUGAAUACAGUCUACAAACGUUCUUAAAACGCGGGAGAAAAUAAUCCUACAAAUUUAAACCUUAAUACAACUAAAUAAAGUCCACGAACAAUUAGUAAAAUAGCGCGCGAACGUGCCCGCGCGCAUCCCAUCCCCUCAUUCAACGCCGGACCGCCGCGCGCGCAACAUGUGGGCGGCCAUCUUGGUGCUGCUCCUGCAGGGAGCAGCGGGGGAGAUACUCACCCCCCCUUAUCUUAAUUUGGCGUUGGGGAAGAAGAUUACGGCCACGGCGACGUGUGGAGAUAUCGGACAGGAAUUGUAUUGCGAGUUGACAGGAUCUACAGAUGAAACUGUUAUUCAAGGACAGGUCUGCGAAUACUGCGAUGACACAGUCGAGAACCGCCGGCAUCCCCCCGAGUACGCCGUGGACGGGUUGGAGACUCGAUGGCAGAGUCCGCCGCUCUCGCGAGGAAUGAAGUAUAAUGAGGUCAACCUCACCAUCGACCUUGGACAGGAGUUCCAUGUGGCAUACGUGUUCAUAAAGAUGGGCAACUCCCCGCGCCCCGGGCUCUGGGCGUUGGAGAAGUCCACCGACUACGGGAAGACGUUCACACCCUGGCAGUACUUCUCAGAUUCACGACAGGACUGCGAAAGAUACUUUGGAGCGCAGAGUUUGGAGCCAAUCACGAGAGACGACUCAGUUAUUUGCAGCACAGAGUAUUCGAAGAUCGUACCGCUGUCAGGAGGAGAGAUCCCAAUUUCCCUGCUGAACUACCGUCCAUCUGCACUCAACUACUUCAACUCUUCCGUACUCCAAGCCUGGACAAGGGCUACCACCGUCCGCCUUCGUCUACUGAGGACCAAGAACUUGCUGGGUCAUCUUAUGUCUGUGGCUCGUCAGGACCCUACUGUCACUAGGAGAUACUUCUACAGUAUAAAAGACAUCAGCAUCGGCGGCCGCUGUAUGUGCAACGGACACGCGGACACCUGCGACCCCAAGCCCGACAGCGAGAACCUGCUGGUGUGCCGAUGCCAGCACAACACCUGUGGACCUCAAUGUAACCAAUGCUGCAAGGGCUUUGAGCAGAAGAAGUGGAGGAUCUCGCAGAAUUGGAACCGGUUUGCGUGUGAACCUUGCAACUGCCACAACCACAGCACGGAGUGCGUAUUCGAUCCUCUCAUCGACGAGAAACGUCUGUCUCUUGACAUCCACGGACGUUACGAAGGCGGUGGAGUCUGCCAGAACUGCCAGCAUAAUACUGAUGGUAUCAACUGCAAUAAAUGCAAACCGACGUUCUACAGGCCUGUGGGAAAGAGAUGGGACGAAUAUGAUGUGUGCCAACCUUGCAAUUGCGAUCUCCACUACUCAACUGGGAACUGCGAGGAGGGUUCAGGGCGCUGCGAGUGCCGGAAGGAAUACAACCCGCCCAACUGUGACUCCUGCGCAUAUGGGUACUUCAACUAUCCGAACUGUGAGCCGUGCACAUGCAAUCUGAACGGAACUGAAGGGCAGCAUUGCACACCGGUAGAGGGAAUUUGUCCCUGCAAGUCCAACUACGCAGGGAAAUCUUGUGAGAUUUGCGCUGAUGGCUUCUACUCACCGGAGUGUAAAGACUGCGAGUGCAACACCAUCGGCUCGGUGUCGCAGGUGUGCGACAAGGACAGUGGCAACUGCACGUGCAAGAGCAAGUUUAGCGGACGAACCUGCGAUCGGUGCGAGGCCGGCUAUUUCAGCUAUCCUACGUGCAGCCAAUGUAACUGCGACACCACUGGAACGCAGUCGAGGAUCUGCGACGACGUCUCUGGCGCGUGUAUAUGCAAGGAAGGAUUCGGGGGUGCGCGCUGCGAUCAGUGCCUUGCCGGUUACUACAUGCAAGUACAAGGCCGUGAGCGCACCUGCGUCCAGUGCGAGUGUUCUACCACUGGUUCUACAUCGACCAGCUGUGCAGCGGACGGGAAAUGCAACUGCCUGAAUAACUUUGGAGGCAAACGUUGCGACCAGUGCUCGCCGGGUUACUACAAGUACCCUGAAUGCUUGCCUUGUAACUGCGAUGGAUCCGGCUCCAUCGGCUCUUCCUGCGACGACGCUGGGAACUGCCACUGCAAGCCCAACUUCAACGGUAUCAAAUGUGACAGCUGUAAGGAGAGCUUCUACAACUAUCCGGCUUGUGAGGAGUGCAACUGCGAUCCUAAGGGUGUUAUCGCUUCUUUUGCUGGUUGCGGAUCAGUCCCAGCAGGAGAGCUUUGUCAAUGUAAAGAACGCGUGCAGGGCAGAAUCUGCAAUGACUGCAAGCCACUCUACUGGAACUUGCAGUAUUACAAUCCUCAUGGAUGUGAAGAAUGCAACUGCGACGUGAGCGGCACCCUAGGAGGGAUGGGAUCAUGCAACACGAAAACUGGACAAUGCAUGUGCAAGCCCAACGUGGAUGACCGCCAAUGUUCUGAAUGCGCUGACGGAUUCUAUAAUCUUGAUGCUGGGAAUAUCUUUGGUUGUUCAGAAUGCAACUGUGACGUCGGCGGCUCCACCGACAACAACUGCAACAAGACCAGCGGCCAGUGCUACUGCCAUUCCCGCGUCGAAGGCCUUCGCUGCUCUCAGCCAAUCAGAGCCCACUAUUUCCCGACGCUACACCAGUUCAGAUAUGAGCUAGAAGAGGGACAAACACCGUCUGGUGCAGUCAGAUAUAGGGACUCUCAGGAGGCGUUCCCGGGACAUUCUUGGAAGGGUUACGUCAUGUUCUCGCUUCUACAAAACGAAGUCAUCAACGUGGUACAGCUGGGAAAGUCAUCUCUCUACCGCAUGGUGGUCAAGUACGCCAACCCGCUCAAGGACCCCGUGGUCGCCACUAUACUGGUCACCCCGGAGAACCCUGGAGAUUCGCAGCAGACGCAUAACGUGCUCCUAAGACCAACUGUGAAGCCGCAACUGGUAACAGUGGCGGGCGAGAAAGGGAACACCCCAUCACCCUUCGUCAUGGACGCUGGCAACUGGACGGUGACCAUCAAGACCAACAAGGAAGUGCUCAUUGACUACUUCGUCCUGAUCCCCGAAGCGUACUACGAAGCCACAGUUCUCAAGAAGCUGGUAGACAAGCCCUGCACCAUCGGAGACCAGGAUCUGUGCAGGGAGUUCAGAUACCCGAAGCUCAGCUCUUACCCAACCGUUGAUGCCAGUGGGCUGACGGCUGCUGCUAGCGAUUACUUGGAUGACAAUGUGCAACUAAAAGAACUCGGCGUACCAGCAUCCACCAUCCCCGUUCUAGGCACCCAACCUCUCACCUACAACUGGAUUAUCAAACCUAAUGGCCAAUACAUCAUACUCGUCGAAUACGUCACCCCUGUCGACCGCAACGCGGUUGACAUGGUCGGAAAUCGCGCGAAGAUCAACAGCAUAAUCAAUGUUAACUUCAAGACUGGCAGCCAGGAGUGGCAGGGAAGAUUGGUCCUUAAUGAAUGUCUGUACACGAAGCCGUGUAGGCAGGUGGUGACUGAUGAUAAGGCUAGGGCGUUUGUGGCUGAGGUGUUUGAUGAAAAUAACGAAAUCACACUCGAGGGCAACGCAGACAACCUGGCUGGUAUAAAAUCAAUCACGGCGAUACCUCAAUCGGAAUGGCAUUUGGCUUACAUAACGCCAAAACCAUUCACGCUCAGAAGAAACGGCGAGACUUUUGUCAAUGGAUUCGACAACGCUAAUACUAAAGAGGUGAAAAUAGAGCCGUCAGAUAACAGUACAACCCCGGCUUUCGUAGUGGCUGGCUCUAAACCUGUGACUGUCGAUAUCUCUGUACCCACUCCUGGACCGUAUGAGUUCUUGCUGCACUACCAUCAGCCUGAUCAUCCAGAGAGCUCCAUCGACGUGACCAUCUCCUGUGGCAACGACAUCCACGCUGGCCGAGUGACCUUACCCUUCUGCGGCUCAUCGUCAGGCUGCAGGGAACUGCUUAAGCUACCGAGCGAGAUAUUUGAUGUUACUGACAACUGCUCGUUGACUUUUGAGGGUGCUGACAACAAAGGAGUGUCCCUCCAAAGCGUCCUGAUCAUCGAACCUCGCUACUUCACGGAAUCGGUGCUGGUGGAAGCCAACUUGAUGGACUAUACCAGAGAAUUCAUCACCAAAUGCGCCAGCAACCAUUAUUACAUCGAACCUGAAGUCACAGGAUUCUGUCGAGACGCCGUGUUCUCGAUAACGGCGGAAUACAACAGUGGGACACUGUCAUGCGCGUGCGAUGUUGAAGGAUCUACGGACUUCGAGUGUGAAACUUUCGGCGGACAGUGCAAAUGUCGGGAGAACGUUGUUGGUCGCACCUGCGAAGCUUGCAAGACAGGCUACUACGGGUUCCCCAACUGCAGACCUUGCCAUUGCUCACAAGCUGCUAUAUGUGAUGACGACGGCCAAUGCAUCUGCCCCCGCAACGUGAUCGGUGAGAACUGCAACGAGUGCAAACCUCUCACGUUCAACUUUGACGAAUACCGCGGCUGUGACGACUGCAACUGUAACCCGCUUGGUGUGGUCGACGGGAACCUGGAGUGUGACAAGCAGAGCGGGAACUGCCAGUGCAAAGAAAACGUGGUAGGCCGCGUGUGCGACCGCUGCGUGCCCGGGCACUAUGCGUUCCCCGACUGCGUUCAGUGUUCGUGUAACACGGACGGCACCACGGACGACGUCUGCGACCAGGACACGGCGCAGUGCUACUGCAAGAAAUACGUGCGAUCACAGGCUUGUGACGUCUGCCAAGAGGAGUACUUCAACCUGCAGGCCAGCAACCCCGACGGAUGCACCAAGUGCUACUGCUUCGGGAGGACAACUAGGUGUUCUAGUUCUUAUCUUACUUGGGUUAAGCUGGAAGGCAUGACUGGCUGGCAUCUCGUGAACGUUGAAACUAACCGCACAAUCUCAGUCUACCCGCACACCGCACCACCGAGCCAAGUUAACGAUACCAUCAUAGGCGUGGAGCUGGCUAUCGACAUGGAACACCAGAAACUUGUGUACUUUGCUGCUCCUGAACACUUUAUUGGCAAACGGCUAACAUCCUACGGUGGUAACCUCACGUACUCCAUCUUUUACGUGUCUCGGGAGACGGGGAAAGCUAUUCUCGCAGCUGAUGUCAUAAUUGGUGGACCCAAUGGCUACAUUUACCACAAUAGUAUCGAAACACCAGCACCACAAACCAACUGGAUCCACAGCGUGCCUCUAACAGAGGAGUCGUUCACGAACCUCGACAACACAGCUGUAACCAGAGACCAGUUCAUGAACACCCUGGUUAAUGUCACUGCUAUAUACAUCAGGGCUACGUUUGAAGAUGAGUCCGUUACUACCAGGCUAAUUAACGUCACUCUAGACGUCGCAGUCCAACCUGACCCCUACUCGCCCAUAACCGACCGCGCAUUCUCCGUGGAACAGUGCCAAUGCCCACCAGGCUACAAGGGGACGUCGUGUGAGCAGUGUGCUUCGGGGCACUACAGACUGAGCUCUGGACCUCAUGCGGGGUACUGUGUGCCCUGUGAGUGCAAUGGGCAUUCGCAGGAGUGCGAUGUUAACACUGGAGUUUGCUUGGACUGCGGUGGCAACACGAUGGGUGACCACUGUGAGAUGUGUGUGCCCGGAUACUACGGAGAUGCCACACGUGAAGACUGUGAAAUCUGUGCCUGCCCCUUGCCGUAUCCUUCUAACAACUUUGCCGUAAGCUGUGAUCUGAGCGAAAACGCUGAACUGAUCUCCUGUCAAUGCAAGCCCGGCUACGGCGGUCCUCGGUGCGAAUUCUGUGCUGCUGGCUACUACGGGGAGCCUGAGGAGCUGAAUGACUAUUGCAAGCCCUGCAACUGCUCUGGCAAUAUCAAUCCACUGGACCCGUCGUCAUGCGACAGCGUGACAGGGAACUGUCUGAAAUGCGUCAACAAUACGGCUGGGGCAGCGUGCAACCUCUGCGCGCCUGGAUUCUACGGAGACGCUGUGUUCAGCAAGAACUGUACUGCUUGCAGCUGCGAUGAAUACGGCAUGGACCACUGCGACCACACGACCGGCACCUGUGUGUGUAGACCCGGUGUUAUAGGCGACCGUUGCGACGCGUGCGCACCGGAUCAUUUCGGCCUGUCAAGUGGUCUGGGCUGCAUGCCGUGCCAGUGUGGACUGGCAAGUGAGAGCAGCCAGUGUGACCUUGAGACUGGACAAUGCAAAUGCGCGAAAGGCGUGACUGGCAGACAUUGUGAACAGUGCGCAGCUGGUUACUGGAACUAUACCAAAGACGGAUGCGACCAUUGCAAUUGUAACAAGGGAUAUUCGCUCGGCUUCAUGUGCAACGCUAAAUCGGGUCAGUGUGAGUGCCUCCCUGGAGUCAUCGGGGAGAAAUGUGACCGCUGCCCGGAAAGAUGGGUGCUGGUUCCCCAACAGGGUUGUCAAGCAUGCGACUCGUGCACCGAUGCUCUCGUCAUAUCAGUGGAGGAGAUGAGUGCAAGACUAUUGAAUGAAACUCAGGAGUUUAAGGACAAAGCUGAUUCAUUCUUCACCACUCAACGGCUAAACUACAUCUCCAGCCAGGCCUCAGCACUGCGUCCCCGCCUCGCCGAACUACGUAGCGUCGACGUCAACGCUGCGACAAAUUCCGUUGACACUAUUGAAAACGCUGGGCGAGGUUUGCUGAGAUCCGCGGAAUUCGCAGCGACAGACAGUGAAAAGCAAAUUACACGUGCCGGUGUCCUGUCAUCUGACGCUGAUGUCGUCCUGUCGUCAAUACGUGAGAGUGCACGAGGGGCCGAGACGAUGGUGCAGCAUGUAGCUGACCUGGCGACGGGGCUGGAGCUGAGCCAGCAGCCGAAGGUCGACAGUGCGCUUACUGAGGCCCAGCAGAUCCGGGAUGAUGUGAAAGAAAAAGACCUGGCGCCCAAGAGGAUCCAGGCGCUCGACGUCCACACCAACGCGACGCAACAGCUCGAGAGAAUGAGUCUUUUUGUUCAACCCGUUAACCAACAAGCCACGGACUUCGAAAAGCUGGUGACCGAGGCGCGCAAGCUCCGUGUCAAAAUGGAAGACAUGAUGGAACACACAGCCGCAGCCGUUCAGCGGGCUGAUGUGGCUGACAGACUUAAAGCUAGCAACAAAAACUCCAAGUUCAGCGACAAAGUCGCCUCCGUCGGCAACCUCAACUCCGAAGCCAUGAAAGACCUAAUCGACGCCGGCGUAGACAUCGCCAACGCCACAAGACUUAACAACCUCGCCGCUGCCAUAGUAACCAACGCCUCAGCAGCUUUAGGAAGCCUUAACCAAGAAAACAACAAGUUGGAACAGGCAAUUAAAGAGCGUCUUGAGGAGAUUCCUAGUCUGUACCAUGCGAGUGACGCUGCUAGAAGCCAUGCUGAUGAUCUGAAGAGUCGAGCCAAGAACCUCCACGCGCUGGCAGAGCGAGAGAAUGACACCCGUCGCCAGCACGCCUACAGCGCUGCCUCCGCUUACUCGAGCAUCGUACAAGAGAUUGGGGCCGCGAAGAAGGCCGCCGACGACGCGACUGAGGCUGAUUCUAAGACCAACGAUAUUAACACAAAUCUAAGCGAAAAGGUCGGUCCCGCUCUAAACCGCUCAAGCUCUCUCCGCGACCAAGCGAUACAAGCGCUUGGCAUAGUUAAUGAUGCUCUCGCACCCAACCAGACUAAAGCAGCACAGGCCCUUCAGCAAGUUAAGAAGACUAUUGAAGAAUGUGAUGACCGGAACAGCGCUAUAGUCCUCUCCCUACCAGCCAUCGAAAAAAGAUCCCUCCAAGACGAGAUGGACAAAGCCGAGAAGGUCAAUCAGACGGUCAAGAGCACUCUCAAGCAGAUGUCUGACCUUGGGAAUGAUCUGGCCGCCAGUAAGCAGUCAGCUCAGACGUUGCCGAAGAAAGCUGAUGAGGCCUUGAAGAUGAAGGAUAAUGUGGAGACGUUGGUGAAUAACAUUGACGGAUUGAAGCCCAAGUUGCAGCAGAAAUAUGAUGGAGUCAGAGCGCAGCAGGAAGACUUCGAGAGACGUAAGGCUGAAGCCGCCAAAAAACUUAGCAAGAUCAAGGAGCAAAUCGAACAAGCACGCACUGUAGCCAACCGAGUCCAAGUCGGUGUCAAUUUCGACCGCUUCGCGACGCUCCAACCACGCAUCCCUGAUACCAUCGAUGAGAUGUCCACAUCCACACAUGUAUCGGCUUACUUCAAGACCAGGUCUCCUGAUGGUUUCCUCUUCUAUCUUGGAAACCCUGAGGGAACCAGCCUUAGGAGGACUAAAUCGGACGACUUUAUGGCAGUCAGCAUCCAAAAUGGCUACCCCUACCUGGUCAUUGACAUUGGAGACAGCGCAGAAUCCGGCCGCGAGCCGAUGAGGAUCAACAGCGACAAGCGAGUUGAUGACGACAAGUGGUACCAGGUCAUUGUUGACAGGGUUGGAGGCAAUGUGAAGUUGACCAUCCGCGAAGCUCUCGAAGACGGAACGGAACAGAGCCAUUCCAAGGAGGUCGUGCUUCCAGGACAACACACCAUUUUCAACCUGGAUCGCCAAAAAUCCAAACUAUACGUGGGCGGCGUUCCAUCCAAUUCCAAGCUACAAGGUGUCAGCUACCCAGCGUUCGAGGGUCAGAUCGAGGAGCUCAUGCUUGGAGAUACGCCCGUUGGCCUGUGGAACUUUGAGGCGGCGCAGAAGCUGAAGGGAGCCAGGCAGAGAGACAAGCUGAUAACUUCCCAAUCCGGCCCUCAAGAGUACCGCUUCAACGGCCGCGCGCACGUAACCAUGCCCGUCCAAUCCCAUGACCCGCAGAAGAACCACGUACUCCUAUUCUUCAGGACUUACGCCAGAAACGGCCUGAUCUUCCUGGCUGGAGAUGAUAAGAACUUCUUCUCGAUUCAGAUGCAAGAUGGAAAAGUCUACUUACAAGUCUCCCUCGGCAACCCAGAAGAGCUCGUAAUCGUCGGAACCGCCAAAGAAUACAACGACGGCAAAUGGCACAAGCUGGAUGCCAGGCGGCAUCUCAAGAGCUGCUGGCUCAGCGUUGACAACGAGAGCAGCCAGAUGGUGUCUCAGUCUACACAGAGCGAAAUCUACGCGGUAGAUAGCAUGAACUUCGGCGGUAAUAACAAGGGCAUCAUCCAGAUUACUGACCAGGGCUUUGAUGGUUGCAUGAGGCAGAUUAACGUGAACGAGGCCAGCGUGGACCUUAGCAAGAACAGUUUGGAGUCUAUUGGCGUUGGAGACGGAUGCAAGGUAAGAAACGUUUCUAAAAUAACGAAAAUGGAAAUCUCGGAGGUUCGUUGUUAG